GAUCCGAGCUCGAUUCUAUGCCACAGAGGACGAGACCCUCCUCAACCUCUCAUCUCUUCCCCAUGAUGAGGGUUCCCACGAACCGUCAUCUCCCUUCUCCCUUCGCCGUUGGACGGUAGCGACGUCGGCGGCGGAGCACCGAGCGGACGGCGAUGGUAGGGGGGUUCAGAUGGGCGGCGAUGUUCCCGGAUGAGGUGUGGGAGCACGUGUUCUCGUUCCUCCCGGCGGACGCCGACCGGAACGCAGCGGCGCUCGUGUGCCGCGCGUGGUACCGGAUCGAGCGGCGGUCGCGGUGGCGGGUAUUCGUUGGGAACUGCUAUGCGGUGGAGCCGGCCGCGGCGGUCCGGCGAUUCCCGGAGGUGAGGGCGGCCGCGAUCAAGGGGAAGCCCCACUUCGCCGAUUUCAACCUGGUGCCCAGCGACUGGGGCGGCGGGGCCGAGGCGUGGGUCGAGGCGAUGGUGGAGGGUUGGCCGCACCUGGAGGAGCUCCGCCUCAAAAGGAUGGUGGUCUCUGACGACUGCCUUGAGCUCAUCGCCCGGUGUUUCAAGAACUUCAAGGUGCUCUCUCUCGUCUCCUGCGAGGGUUUCAGCACGGCCGGACUCGCCGCCAUCGCCGCUAACUGCAGGAAUCUGAGGGAGCUAGACCUACAUGAAAAUGAAGUGGAGGAUAAUUGUCUACAUUGGAUGAGCCACUUUCCAGAGUCUUUUGCUUCUUUAGUAACCCUGAACAUUGCAUGCUUGGAAGGUGAGGUGAAUGUUUCUGUUCUUGAGCGCCUCAUUGGCAGAUGUCCGAAUCUCAAGACCCUCAGACUCAACCAUUCUGUGCCUCUAGAAAGGCUUGUCGGCCUCCUACACAGGGUGCCACAGCUGGUGGACCUUGGAACUGGCAAGUUUGCUGCACAACAUCAUCCAGAGCUUUUCUCCAAGCUCGAGUCUGCCAUUGCUGGCUGUAAAAAUUUGAAGAGCCUCUCUGGUUUCUGGGAAGCUGGACCGACAUACCUACCUGCAAUCUACUCAGUUUGUGAGGGUCUUACAUCACUGAAUCUGAGCUAUGCUACGAUACAAGGCCCGGAGCUCAUCAAGUUAAUCAGCUGGUGCAAAAAUCUGCAACGACUAUGGGUAAUGGAUUUAAUUGAGGACGAUGGCCUUAUUGCUGUGGCAGCAUCUUGCAAGCUCCUUCAAGAACUACGGGUAUUCCCUUCUGAUCCAUACGGUGCCGCACAGCCUAUCUCUCUUACCGAACAUGGUCUGGUCGCCAUCUCUGCUGGUUGCCCAAUGCUUCACUCUGUUCUCUACUUUUGCCGGCAAAUGACUAACGCAGCUCUCCUUACUGUUGCUAAAAACUGCCCUAAUUUCACGUGCUUCCGCCUCUGCAUUAUGGAGCCUCACACCCCCGAUUAUAUCACUCGACAACCUCUAGAUGCUGGCUUCAGUGCUAUCGUUGAAUCCUGCAAGCACCUCCGGCGCCUCUCCCUAUCUGGUCUUCUCACUGACCUUGUCUUUAAAUCUAUCGGGGCCUCGGCAAAUUGUCUUGAGAUGCUGUCAGUUGCUUUUGCUGGUGAUGGUGAUGCUGGUCUUCAUUACAUUCUCUCUGGUUGCAAGAACUUACGGAAGCUGGAAAUCAGGGACUGCCCGUUUGGGGACAAACCUUUGUUGGAUAAUGCUGCGAAACUGGAGACAAUGCGAUCCCUUUGGAUGUCAUCAUGCUCUGUGACCCUGGGAGCCUGCAGACAGCUUGCCCGGAAGAUGCCACUACUUAAUGUGGAGGUCAUCAACGAGAGAAAAAGAGGGCUGCCGUUGGAGUUACAGCCUGAUAAUUGCCCUGUCGAGAAGCUCUACAUUUAUCGAACAGUUGCUGGUCCAAGAUCUGACACCCCAUCAUGUGUUUGGAUUUUAAGGUGACACAUCGAAAGAAAUAAAGGUAGAGAAUUUUAUAUUCGGUUUGUUGUAACUGAAUCAGUUCGGGGUUCAUGAUAUCGAAUGGAGGGGACAGAUCUCGGAUUUUAACUAUUUCGAGUAAGCACCAUUUCAACUUUGGAUGUCAAUAAGUUGUGGGACUGUAAAACUAGUUGUUGUAGGUCUCUAUAUAUACUUUCUUUUCUAGGGUUGAGUUGAUGUAUAUGAGGAUAAUAUUUUACCUCCGGGCAGUUGAUUUGGAACUUCAUUACUGUCCUGAGUUCAAACUUUUAGAUGUAGCCUUAACUAUUUGUGUUAAAUUAGUCGGAAAUCUGCUUUACUUCGAAUGA